AAAUGCUUUACCUCGUCGGACUUGGGCUUGGAGAUGCCAAAGAUAUUACAGUGAAAGGCCUGGAGGUGAUAAAACAAUGUAGCCGAGUAUACCUGGAAGCUUACACUUCGAUCCUCACUGUUGGAAAAGAAGCACUGCUAUAUCCCAGCAGCACACUUCAAAGCCAAACUCAGCAUGAGCAUCUUUGAUAAACAUGGGCUUCUCAAUAAAUAUGUAAAAUAUGAGUAUCAGCAUUCAGUGUCCAAAUGUGUCGGUAAAAAGAAGGGAAUGAAAAUGGAUCCCGCACCUCAUCUCACAGGACUUGUAUGCAUUCAGUCCACUUCCCUUCUUGACUUAAAACCAAGCUGGAGAAAUGUCUUCAAAAAGCACAAGCAUUGAGGAAUUCUAUGGCAAAGAGUUGAUUCUUGCUGACCGAGACGUUGUGGAGCAAGAAGCAGAUACAAUCUUGGAAGAUGCCCAUCUAUGUGACGUGGCUUUUCUUGUGGUGGGAGAUCCUUUUGGGGCGACUACACACAGUGACCUUGUUCUCCGGGCAGUGAAGCUUGGGAUUCCCUACCAAGUCAUCCACAAUGCCUCUAUCCUAAAUGCUGUCGGCUGCUGCGGCUUACAGCUCUACAAUUUUGGAGAAACAGUGUCUAUAGUUUUCUGGACAGAUACAUGGAAACCUGAGAGCUUUUUUGACAAGAUUGUGAAAAACCGAAGAAACGGGAUGCACACUCUCUGCUUACUUGACAUUAAAGUCAAGGAGCAAUCUGUGGAGAAUCUCAUGAGGGGAAAGAAGAUUUAUGAACCACCACGAUACAUGACAGUAAAUCAGGCAGCAGAGCAGCUUCUUGCUGUUGUCCAAAAUAGGCAACAACAAGGGGAAGAGCCAGAAGUUACAGAAAAUACAGUGUGUGUUGGCUUGGCAAGAGUGGGUGGAGCAGACCAAAAGAUUGCAUCAGGUACUCUGCAGCAAAUGACUACAGUAAUAUUGGGUGAUCCUCUGCACUCUUUGAUCAUAACCGGAACUUUACAUCCGCUGGAAGUUGACAUGCUGAAACUCUUUGCUAUACAUACAUCCAUCUUUGAACAUUCCUGAAUAAAAAAAACUGUCUGCAAAGUAUCUAUGAACUAAAUCAUGUACAAUGCUGGCAAGUAGCGGUCAGUCUUGAAAAGAAGGACCAAGGCCUUGGAGAGACAUCAUGUAAAGGUUCUGCAGGCAAAACUGUACCAAUGUCUCCAUCUCCCCUCCAUUACCACACAUUAGUCAAUGCUGCUCACUCUUUUUUUUAUAGGGGCAUGGACACUGAAUGGCUGGAGGCUGUCAGAGAAGCCUCCAACUCUAUAGGCAGAUACAUCAUAGUAAAAGCAUCCUUAGAGACCUCCUACUGGUCUUCCAGGGGUCCCGGGAACAAGAUGUCAUGCUACUCCUCACUGCCCACUAUGUUGUGCAGCACAGAACAGGUGACUUUGAGAAAAAAACUGGUUCUUACAUAGCAGUGGCACAGUAUUUUAACUUGCGCAACCCAACAAAAAUGUGAGUUAUGGAGAUACGUGUUGGAUUCAAGACUCUCCAAGGUCAUGGAGUUUAGGAAGACAGUGGAUGAGUCCCACUGGUGGGAGAAAAGCGGGAAUAAAUAAAUAAAGAAAUAAUCCAAAGUUAAA